AUCAUUUUAGAAUGUGAAGUACUUAGUUUGGUGAUGAAGUUGAAUUAUGAAGUUUUGGGAAGAAAACGGAAGGGCUAGUGGGCGAGGAAGUGUUGGGUCAACUCACAGUGCCAUACAUCUUGAGAAUCCAGAAUCACAUCUCCGAUGGUACUUCAAGUAUUUUCUUGGAACAGCUCAUCAGAACUACUAUGGCAAGACAGCAGAGAAGAACAUGUUCAUUCUAUCUGUUGUAAAAUCAGAUGAACACUACAGAGCAAUUCUCUGGGCUAAAACUGGGCUACAAAGAAUUUAUUUGCCCGUAAACUUGCAGAAAACCCGGAGUCCCCAGUCAAUAUGCCAAGAGUUUGGUGAUAUAAACGUGGUGCGGGCCCCCCGUGAGAUCAAAGAAGCAGAGAUACAAAGAGAUCUGCUCUACAUCGAGGAGCAAGAGGGAGCUAUCAACUUCAAGUUUGGGGUGCUGUACAGAAAGAAGGGACAAAGCACAGAUAACGAAAUACUCUGCAACAACGAUAUUACACCUUCAUUCGAGAAGUUUCUAAACUUGAUCGGGGAGAAAGUGGCUCUUAAAGGUUUUAACGAGUACCGAGGAGGUUUAGACGUCAAAGGAGAUACAACAGGAACACACACCUACAGAACGGUGAUGGAAGGGAAACACAUUAUGUUCCACGUUGCUAACAUGCUCCCUUUCUCUAAAGAUAACCCUCAGCAGGUGGAGAGAAAGAGGCACAUAGGUAACGACAUAGUAAACAUCGUGUUCCAAGAAGAAGACGACGAGUUCGACCCUACCUGUUUCCUCUCCCAAAUGAGUCACAUUUACGCGUCAGUAACCUACAAGACGGAACAAGAUGCCUAUCUGCUGCGCGUUUUUAACGAGGAGGCGGUCCCGCCCUACGGACCUGAGAUUUCUGGAGAGUACACGGACCAUGACCACUUUAGAAGAGUGUUACUGGUGAAGCUGAUGAACGGGGAGAAGGCUGUGUAUGAGACUCCGCAGUUUGUUGCUAGGAGGGAACGCACUAUUGAUCAGCUACUUCGUGAGAUCUACAAGAGAUACGUGAGAUGUGAUGAGCAGGGCGAGCUCGACCACCAUCUCAGACCAUUCGCAGAUCUUACAGAUCGUAUAAUAGAGACUACGCCUCGUAUUGGGAGGAAAAAGCGGUUUAAGAAAGCAGCUCGCUUUACAGAGAAGGGGCAGGACUUGAAGUUCCAGAAGAUAAUCUCAGGACACGCCCCCACCAGUAAAAACUGCACGUCAUUAUCCCUCCAGAGGAAACUAGCCCACUUCUCAAACUGGAGAUGUGACCGCGUGUUGGGCGAUAUUCCCCAGAAAAUACACUGCGCAGAUUUCUGGGACACGUUUGUGGUGAUGGGGUCAGAUAACGGGUUGUCUCUAAUAAACACACUGACAGCUGAUGUGACUGAGAUAUACGACAGUCUCUUUGUACCUAAACAGAUACUAGUUGUGGAGGAGAAGAGUAUUGCUAUUGUAAGAGCUGAGAAAGGUAAAAAUAAGACUGGCUGUAUAUACACGUUCGACCUGUCAGCUCUUACGAUGAAAUCUCAAUGCACUAAAAACAUUGGAAGAAAGAAAACAAAACAAGAGAAAAUCCAGGCAACCAAGGGCUGUUCGUUAGUGUGUUGCUACCUGACUAUUGCUAGUAAACUCUACAUGUCCGUUGUUAAACACAAGAUGAUCCAGCUAUAUGAGUGGAUCAGGAUACCUGGACAAGGACAGGGCUGGUUUCAGUGCAAAAACGAUUUCCAGAUCAGUGACGUUCAGUCGAUGUGUAUGUUCAGUAGACCCAGCGGGCUAAAGAUAUGUGUGGGAACCUCUACAGAGUUCCUGAUUAUAGACGCAGAAGCAGGCGAAAAUGACAAAAGAAAGUGUAUAGAGCGUCUUCAAAAACACAAGGAGAACACAAGUUUAUGUAUAACUCCUGUAGUGAAGGAUGAGAUAAACAACUGGGCUAUUGGCGUCCUUCUCACCUACAAUAAUAUCUCAGUUUUGGAACAGUUUACACUGCAUCCUGACAAUAUAUUUACUAUUCUUAUCAAGUGGAACGUCAAACCUUUACAUAUUCACAGCUCGCUACCGUAUUUCAUGGCGAUAGGACAACAAGGUAUAGAGAUAAGAAUGGCAAGCAAUGGCAACGUGGUUCACAGUAUAGAUGUAACGUGUGUCUCUUAUCUAGCAAUAAGAUGUGAUCUGAUCUACCUGUCCACGUGGGACAACAGUUCUUCCACCGGGGAGAUAGUCAGCCUCCCCACCUCAGUCAACUUCGGCUCCAACUCGACCAUCAGCAGCACUGGCUUAGCGCUCUCUAACGAGAGUGUCGAGCACUCGGUCGAGUCUCCUGGUAGCACUCUUACCCGAGAGUCUCCCCUCCGUCGCAGCUUCAACGAUCAUGCCUGGGCUCGAACUUACACUCACACUGAAACCCAUGACGAUCUAGCUAACAAUAUUUUCUCUUGUCUCUCGUUAACGGACUUAGCUUAUACACAGAGCAUAAGGCCGCCGUAGAGCAGGUUCCUGGAUACUAGGAUCUCAAGGAUGUGAUGAUUUGAGAAGACAUGUUAACGAUCAUAUAGGAUGAAUUAAGUGGGAUCUUUUUUAUGUUCUUAUUUCAAAGUCUCCCAUCGUGCAGCCCAGAAAUUGAAUUUGAGUGUUACUGUUGUUUCAAGUUUCGCACAAGAUAUGGUCAUGUAAAGAUGCGGAAAUGUGUAUUUAAAGAGUCUGAUGAUUGCUUUCAGCAAAACUGUGUUGUAGCGGGACAGAUUCUUUGAAAAUUUUGGCUGAGCUGUCAAAUAUCUUUAAUUUUAUUUUACUUUAUAUGGCAGUGUUACCAUGGUAACACCACUGAUAUGGUAGCGUUACUAUGGUAAAAACAUCAUAUUAUGGUGAUUUCUAAUACCCUUUUUAAUUUUGCAGCAACCAAUUCUUCCGAUUAUAUUUGGGUUUUCUAGCUGUCUAGUAUAAUUCGGAAGGCACAAAUUGAGCAAAUAAUCAAUAAAUAAUCCUAUAUGAUUGUCGUGUCAUGAACUCUAACCGUGACAAAACCUCUCCUCUUGUUACAGCAAUCUAAAAUAUCCAGCUGGAAUAUGUACGUUUUCUUCUUUUUUGUUACUUCUCACCAGAGCAGUUUGUGAAUUCAGUGUUCUCUCUAAAUGAUGUUAAAUGUUGCUGCCGCCCCACUUUUAGCUGCUGACACACCAUGUUCCCAGAAGGACUGGAACAAUAAGACUCCGGUACCGCUCCGAGUGAACUUCCACAAGAACUCUCCAAGAAACAGACGGAGUCUCACUAAUGCUGUCUUACGUAAGAACCUUCUCGGUGGUUCCACCUCUGAAAAUGACGCCAUGAAACACAGCUUCUCUACCUUAGACCUUGCGUUUGACUCCGAUGAGGAGAAUAUAGAGUCAGGGCCCGCCACUUUCAGCCACACUGGUUACGACCUGCACUAUAAUGUGUAUGAUGCUCCUACUUUUUUUAGGGUUGUAUCUGUGGAUCUGAAAAAGGGCCCCGGAGACUGACUCAUCAGCGCUCUGUUUUAUUUAUUGAUUUAGCUAUUUAUUUGCUCGUGAUACGUCUGUGUGGAGUUAAUGUGAUUUGGUGGUGCGAAAAAAGUGAUUAAAGAUUGCUGUGACUAAGAAAAUGUAUCCUCGCUCAACUGUUGUGUAAUCAAUUAAUUGAGGCAACAACCACCUUCCAGUUUUUGCUCGAUGCCUUUUUCAUUUUUUGACUAAUUUGUUAAUGUUAUGUUCAAAAUCAUAACCAUCCUGCAUCUUACUCCUUAUAAUACAUAAGACAUAACUAAUCGUUACGGUUAUUGAUAAGUAAAUUCUGACAGAGAGGAUCGGAGAAGAUUAUAAAUAAGAAGUUGUCUUAUGAUAAAUUCUCAUAGAUGAUAGUCUUAAUUUAUAUGAUUUAUUAACAUCACUAUUCACUAAGUCAUAAAAAUCGGAAUUAGUCCAUCACCAGAUUUCAGCUUAGAUUUUUAAGGAAUUGUUUUUGUUUAUCACCUAAAUUUUGAGUUUAGCUAACAGUAAAAUCCCUGACUGUUUUAUCUUGGAGUUUGUUAAAAACUGUUUUAUUUAAUCAUUUGACAUGAACACGACAAAAUGUUAUUAAUAUUAUAAAAGUGUACAUGCGGUUAAUAUUGCAGCUAAUCGAAUUCACAUCCUCCGCCUAGAUAUCGAUCAUAAUGAAGGUCAAGAUAGCUUCUGUGCUUACAGAUUAAAAAUUUAAAGAUAAUAAUAAUAUUGGACAAGUUGUUAAUUCGGAUUUUGAUUGUUGUAUUGUAGUUGUACGAUGUGUAUUGUAUAAACUAAUUUUACCAAUUCGC